GUAGCAGGUGCCUUGGCUGGGACUGCUGCUGAUUCAGUUUUAUUUCCUUUAGAUACCAUUAAAACACGAUUGCAGUCAAGAGCUGGGCUUGCUAUAUCAGGCGGAUUUCGUAGUGUUUAUUCUGGUUUAUUGUCUGCAUUUGUUGGAAGUGCUCCAAAUGCUGCUUUAUUUUUUGUUACUUAUGAAGCAAUUAAAAGGUUGCUAGGUGCUUCUACAGAUGGUUUAUCAGAUUCACCCUAUAUUUUUAUGACAGCCGCUACAUGUGGUGAAAUAUCUGCAUGUACAGUUCGUGUCCCCACAGAAGUUAUUAAACAACGUAUGCAAAUUAAGCAAUACAAUACAACAUUGGGAGCAGUCACUAGCGUAUUAAGGACAGAGGGAUUAUUAGGAUUUUAUCGAGGUUUUUUACCCACUGUAGCUCGAGAGAUUCCUUUUACUUGUAUUCAAUUUCCUGUUUAUGAAUAUUUAAAAAGAAAAUACAGCGAUCAUAAAGGCGAUAAUGUAGAACCUCUUGAAGCUGCUGUUAUGGGUUCUUUAGCAGGUGGAUUUGGUGCGGCUAUUACAACACCAUUAGAUGUUUGUAAGACUAGAAUUAUGCUUUCAUCCAAGGUUUGCAUUAUAGAAACGAUUAAGAGAAUAGUUCAAGAAGAAGGCGCAAAGAAAUUAUUUGCAGGUCUUGGACCUCGUGUUUUAUGGAUAUCUAUUGGCGGCGGUAUUUUCUUAGGUGUAUAUGAAAAGGGAUUAAAGACUUUUACACAAUUACAAUUAUUG